AUUUCCAUUACUUACAGGAAGAAGCAAUCAUCGCUUUACCUGUAUCUACUUAAUAUUGAGCAAAUACAGUAUUUAAUAAUAAAUCGAAAGGUAAUCUGGGUCUUUCUGUGGUGAAUCACCAGAUACUUCUCUGGAGAGCACCUGCCAGUCUUACGUUAUCAUAGUUUUUAACCGUGAACUUAUCAGACAUCUAGAAUACGCGUAUAUAAACGGGUCAAAUUUUAGAAAAGAUAUCAGUUUAGUAGUGCGUUUCGAUUAUUAGAAGAAAGAAGGACCAAUUAGUGUGUUAAAAUGAAGCAUUUACCUAUUGUGGUGUUAGCCUUUGUGACCGUUUUUGUCUACAAUGCCUCAGCCCGUAACUCCACAUGGGGUUAUAUCGGUCCAUAUGAUUCUAUCCUGGAUCGCGCUAUUGUUGUGAAAAAGUCAAAGUGGUUGCAGGUCGUUACUCAAGAUUAUGACUACCCGAAAAAGGGAGUCUACAACUACAGGAAUAUCACUGGAAUUCGUGUGACUGAUCAAUAUACAAACGGGACUGGAGGAUACGCGACUUUGUUGAGGGGUGGACCAGGCUUUAGAAAUGUUACAAUCCACCUGAAAUCUCAGAGAAGUCAUGGCUUCAAUUUCAUCAUAGAUGUUUAUGGUCGUUAGAAAGUUUCCAUUGCUCUUAUAUAAAAAGAUAUUAAACUUAUAAUCAUUUAGAUAAAAUUAAAAAUUAUAAUAUUAUUUUCAACAAAA